CUAGGGGUGGCUUCUAUUUUUCUGUGGAAACGUACAACCAUGUACUUCGCCUGCGGCUGAGAGGUGGUCAUGCGAAUGCGUCAACGUCCAAUGACUUUAAGAAGAUCGUUAAAGGCCGAAGUUUCGAAUUGCCGAACGCAGUCUGUCGUCACCGUGGCUGGACAGCCUGUGAAGCGACCCAGCGCUCGACGAAAGCGUGUUACGGCUUCCGCAGCUACUUCAGGGAUAGGAACGGUUUCGGGCCAACCGGUGCAAAAAUCGAUCAUGGUCACAAGGUCGACCAUUUCUCUGGAUGGGGCCAGAGUUUUCACUAUGUCAGGAUGGACAUGGGCAAGUCGCGCUGAAACCGACGGAAAGCAACUAAGCGGAGCGGAGACGUGCCGCUGAACCUUGGCUUGCCAACAGGUGAGACUGUUGCGUGCCUAGCGCUUAAGAUAGUGUUGCAUUCCCGGCCAAACUUAUCCCUCUG